CCCCGAGGAGCUGAGCAGUUUCAGUGAGGGCUGCUGGAGAGAGCUCUGCAGCCCGAGUGGGGCCAGGCAGGCUGGACAAGCGGGACCUCUUCCUGGGAAUUCCCAGCCAACAGCCAAGCUGCUGCUCAGGGUAUGAGACAGGGCCAGGUUCUAGGCUCUGCUGAGGAUUCGGAGGCUGGGAACCCAGCAGUUGUUGGCUGCUAAAGGGCAUCUCUCACUCUGAGAAACUGGUCCUCUCCUGCCCUUGCAUGGCCCAGGGAAGCAGUGUUCACAUCAGCCCUGACUCUUGGGAUAAGGUCCACACUCAGGUUCUGGCUCAGCUAUUUGAAGAGGCUAAGAAGGACUCAUCUUGGAGGUGAUGUGGGACUUCCAUGUCAGGUGGGAGUGAGGACAGAGGCUUCUGGAGGAAUAUUUGACCUACCUACAAAAAAAAAGGGGGCCACAGAGCUUGGACUUCAUUGGACCACUGUCAGUCAUGGCACCCCCUCCCCUGCCAGCUAGCCAUGUUGCACAGCCCUUGGAGCCCUUAUCACUCCGUUCAGAGAGGAUCAGGCGCUUCCUGUCAGCCAAUGUCCUGCCUGUGGUGGAAAGAUGCAUCAGUUCCAUGCAGGCCGGGACUCAGAUGGUCAAGCUUCGAGGUGGCUCUAAGGGCCUGGUUCGCUUCUACUACCUGGAUGAGCACAAGUCGUGCAUCCGCUGGCGGCCAUCGCGGAAGAAUGAGAAGGCCAAGAUCUCCAUCGACUCCGUCCAGGAGGUGUGUGAAGGAAAGCAAUCAGAGAUUUUCCAGCGCUAUGCUGAUGGGAGCUUUGACCCUAACUGUUGCUUCAGCAUCUACUAUGGGGACCACAUGGAGUCGCUGGACCUCGUGUCCUCCAAUGGAGAAGAAGCUCGAACCUGGAUCACAGGCCUCCGGUACCUGAUGGCAGGAAUCAGUGAUGAGGACAGUCUGUCCAAACGCCAGAGAACUCGUGACCAGUGGCUGAAGCAGACGUUUGACGAGGCAGAUAAGAAUGGGGAUGGCAGCCUGAGCAUUAAUGAGGUCCUCCAGCUCCUUCAUAAGCUGAAUGUGAAUCUACCCCGGCAGAAGGUGAAACAGAUGUUUAAGGAGGCAGACACAGAUGACAACCAGGGCACACUGGGCUUUGAUGAGUUCUGCGCAUUUUACAAGAUGAUGUCUACCCGCCGGGACCUCUACCUGCUCAUGCUCACCUAUAGCAACCACAAGGAUCAUUUGGACACAGAGGAUUUGAAGCGCUUCCUGGAGGUGGAACAGAAGAUGACGGAUGUGACCAAGGAGUACUGCCUGAAUAUCAUUGACCAGUUUGAGCCAUGCUUGGAAAACAAGAGUAAGGAGGUGCUCGGCAUUGAUGGUUUUACUAACUACACCAGGAGUCCAGAAGGAGACAUUUUCAACCCCAAGCACUACCAAGUGAACCAGGACAUGACCUACCCACUAAGUUACUACUUCAUCACCUCUUCCCAUAAUACCUACCUCAUUGGGGACCAGCUCAUGUCCCAGUCUCGAGUGGACAUGUACUCGUGGGUACUACAGGCCGGCUGCCGCUGUGUGGAAGUGGACUGUUGGGAUGGACCAGAUGGGGAACCUAUUGUACACCAUGGUUAUACCUUGACCUCCAAGAUCCUCUUUAAAGAUGUCAUUGAGACUAUCAACAAAUACGCCUUCAUCAAGAAUGAGUACCCAGUGAUCCUGUCCAUUGAGAACCACUGCAGUGUCCUUCAGCAGAAGAAGAUGGCGCAGUACCUGAUUGACAUCCUAGGGGACAAACUGGACUUGUCGACAGUAAGCAGUGAGGAAGACUCAACCACUCUGCCAUCUCCUGAGAAGUUGAAAGGCAAGAUCUUAGUGAAGGGGAAGAAACUCCCAGCUAAUAUCAGUGAAGAUGCAGAAGAGGGGGAUGUAUCUGAUGAGGACAGCGCUGAUGAAAUUGAUGAUGAUUGUAAACUCAUGAAUGGAGAUGCUUCCACUAAUCGGAAACGAGUGGAGAACAUCGCCAAGAAGAAAUUGGACUCACUGAUAAAGGAAUCCAAAAUCCGAGACUGUGAAGACCCCAACAACUUUACCAUCUCCACGCUGCCUUCCUCAGGGAAGUUUGGCCAAAAGGCCGAAGGCAAGAAGAGCAAAGCUGAAGAAGAUGUGGAAUCCGGGGAGGACUUGAGUGGCAGCAAGAGGAACAGUCGAUUACUAAUGAGUAGCUUCUCCAAACGAAAGAAAAAAGGGAGCAAGUUAAAGAAAACUUCCAGCAUAGAAGAAGCCGAUGAUGACUUGGACGCCCAAGGAAGCCAGAGCAGAGGGAUAAGCCGGCAGAAGAAGACCAUGAAACUGUCCAGGGCUCUCUCUGACCUGGUGAAAUACACCAAGUCUGUUGGAAUCCAUGACGUGGAGACAGAGAUCUCCUGCAGUUGGCAAGUGUCAUCCUUUAGUGAGACCAAGGCCCAUCAGAUUCUCCAACAGAAGCCGGCCCACUACCUGCGUUUCAACCAGCACCAGCUUUCCCGUAUCUACCCAUCCUCUUACCGGGUCGACUCAAGUAACUACAACCCCCAGCCCUUCUGGAACGCUGGAUGUCAGAUGGUUGCCCUCAACUACCAGUCAGAGGGGAGGAUGCUCCAGCUGAACCGAGCCAAGUUCAAUGCCAAUGGCAACUGUGGCUAUGUCCUCAAGCCCCAGUGCAUGUGUCAAGGUGUCUUUAAUCCCAACUCUGAAGAUCCUCUCCCAGGGCAGCUGAAGAAACAGCUGAUACUCCGGAUUAUCAGUGGACAGCAGCUCCCUAAACCACGGGACUCCAUGUUGGGUGACCGAGGAGAGAUCAUCGACCCUUUUGUGGAAGUGGAGAUCAUCGGAUUACCUGUGGACUGUAACAAGGAGCAGACCAGGGUUGUGGAUGACAAUGGCUUUAACCCCAUGUGGGAGGAGACCCUGGUGUUUACAGUGCACAUGCCGGAGAUUGCACUGGUCCGGUUUCUGGUCUGGGAUCAUGACCCCAUUGGACGGGACUUCAUUGGACAGAGGACGUUGGCAUUUAACAGCAUGAUGCCAGGUUAUCGACAUGUCUACCUGGAAGGGAUGGAAGAGGCCUCCAUCUUUGUUCACAUAGCUAUCAAUGACAUCUCCGGUAAGGUGAAGCAGGCUUUGGGCUUAAAAGGCCUGUUUCUCAGAAAUCCAAAGCAGGCGUCCCUGGACAGUCAUGCUGCUGGUCAGUUCCACAACAGACCCUCCAUUAGUGGCCAGCUCCUGAGGCGCACGGCUAGCGCGCCCACCAAGAGCCAGAAGAAGGGUAAAAAGGGCUUUCCUGAACUCACCACGGACACCAAAGACAGUGGCUCAGAGGGGGCAGGCGAGGACACCUCCCAGCCCCGCUUUGACUCGGAGCCAGAGAGUGCGGCCCCAGCCCCCGGAGCCCUUGGUGAGGGGCCAGGCCGAGGGCCAAAAGGUAAGGCCCAGGGUCCCGGGACAGGGAGAAGCCAGAGCCAAACAGCUGAGGGCUCGACCUUGAGCGAGCCCACGCGAAGGUCAGAGAGGUUCCAAAGCCUGGGCCUUGGCUCCCCAGGUGAGAGGCCAGGUACCCCAGAGGGGUCUGGGCCUGCCGGGAUGGCAGCAAGCUGCAUGAAAUGCAUGAUUGGCUCCUGUGAGGGGCCCGAGGUCGAGGGUCAAUGGAGCAGCUGCCAGCCCUGCCCGGGGCCUGCCAUCAGGGAGGCCCCCCAGCCUGAGCAGUGCAGCGGGGGGCUCGGAGGCGUUGGGAGGCUGGGCCUCAGACACUGGGGGAUCAGCGAGCAGCCCCAAGCCCGGCCGGACUCUCUCACCCCUGGGCCCAGGGGUGGCAUCUACAGCAACAGCAACAGCAACAGCAGCAGCGGCCGUGGCGCUGCCCAAGCCCCCCUGGACAGUGACCAGCCCCUGGGCUGGGGAAGGAAGAGCAAAAACUUGUCCAAAUGCCGUGGGGCCAAGGGCCCUUCUCAGCCCAGGUGGCCAGGAGGGAAAUAUGGGAGUGUUGUGAGCCUAGUUACUGCCGCCAGUGGCUCCACAUCCUCUGACUCCAGCAGCCUAGAGAGUCUGAGGGGUCCUGAAAAUCCCCUCAGGCCCGUGGGCACCUUGCAGAGGGAAAUCAAUGCUUUGUUUGUGCAAAAAUUGGAGGAGAUUCGGAGUAAAUCCUCCCUAAUCUUCACUGAUGGCCGCCCGUUCUCCAUCCAGAGAUCUGUCUCGUCUUUGUACGGCCUCGAAACCAUCGCGGAGGAGCCGCUCGUUGCCAAGGAAACGCCAUCCCCCGCUCCCUGCCCCCCUCUGCCCCCCGCCCCCAUCAGCUACUCCGAGGGAGGGUCCCACUUCUCCGCAGGCUCAGGCUCUGACACCCCUCUGAGCUCUCCCUCCCCAGGUGAGCCAGGUGGACUGACCGCUCCAGGGCCACACCGCGCUGAAGGAAGUUCAGAGGGGGAACGGCAGACGGAGGACAGAGAACAGGAGUCCCAGGGGGCACUGCCCACGCCCCCGGCAGGGCAGGGCUCCCUGCUGCACCCCUCCCCCUCCCACUGUGAAGAGGAACCGGAUGGGGCAGCCUGGAGGGCAGAGCACACAGGCGACCCGCAGGGUCCCCGCCGGCCUGUGGGUUCCGUCCCUCUGCGAAUCCCUCCGGCCCCAGCUCGGGCCCUGGCCGGCCCGCCGGCUGUGGUGAGGAGGGCCAAGAGCGAAGGGCAGGUGACCUUUGACCACCUAGUGGUCCGGCGUGCCCCGCCCGGACAGUCCCCUGCUGCAGCCGUCUAUUCAGAUGCCACGGGCAGCGACCAGCUGUGGAGCAAGUUGGAGCCAGGCAGUCAGCGGGACAGCAUGUCCUCUUCCUCCAGCAUGUCCUCCAACGACACGGUCAUCGACCUUUCGAUGCCCAACCUGGUGAGGAAAAGCCUGCCCAACCUGGGCUGUCUCACAGGCAGCCGGGAGAAGCUGGCGGGGCUAGCAGUGCACAAGGGCCCCUGGCCCCGCUCAGCUGCCUCUGGCGGGGCCCAGCUGCCCCCCGUGACCAAGAGCAAGUCUAACCCCAACCUGAGGGCGGGGGUGGCCCCACCGCCAGCCCCGGAUGAGCUGCAGCCCCGGCCCCUGGCCCGGAGGCCGGAGGAUGCUCUGGCCUCCCUCCGCCGGAGGCCCACGUGGAGCAGGCUGUACAUGGAGGGCCUCCGGGCAGAGGGGUCCUCCCUGGGGCCCCGAGCUCAGGACAUGGGGGCCGCUGCCAAGUCCAAGAGCCUGGGCGACCUCACAUCGGACGACUUUGCCCCCGGCUUCGAGAGUACUUACAGGAGCAUCAGCCGCAGCUUUGGCCCCCGUCCACCUCCUGCCGCUGGGGCAGGGAGAUCUCUGGGACCCAGGCUGCAGGCCAGGCCUCGGGAUGAGCUGACCGAGCAGCUGAGGAGACUGACCGGCUUCCAGCUGGCCGGCGACAUCACAUCCCCCACCAGCCUGGGGCCUGCAGAGGACGAGGACGAGGACGAGACCGGGCCGGCCACAGUGGGCCAGGGGCUGGGCUUCCUACGUAGAUCUUCCUCUCGGAGCCAGAGCAGAGUGCGCUACAUUGCCACCCGGGCCAGGCAGGCCCAGGAGAGGCAGAGGCUCCAGGGUCUGGGGGUCCAGGGUCCCCUGGAAGAACGGGGCAAUCCAGAGGGGGCCUGCUCUGUGAGCCGGGAGGGGUGUGUGGACUCUCUGGCUCUUCUGAUUCCCCCUUCCAAGUUCACCCCGGGCCUCAUCGAGGAUUCGGACUCGGGCCCUGUUCUUUUGAAACUCUAAAUCCGAGCAGGACGGGGGGAGGAGAAAGCCCAGUCAGGGAAAGGCUUUCGGGGUUUGGGCUGCAAAGACUGAGAAGUGUUGUUACUCCCAUGUGUCCACCCGCUAAGGUUCUGGCUCCCCAUCACUCGCCCCUCCUCUGGGCUCAGGCUGGGCCGAGUGGUGAGGCAGGUCCAGAAUUGGCCACUCUUGCAUUGCCUGGGCCUGGCCUUCUCUGUCCCUGGCUCUUCCCACCCACCUUUCUCCAUCCAGUGUCCCCGACACCCAGGCCACGGCCGCUGGGUGAGAUCCCGCACGCUAGCACCUCCCCCUUCCUGAACCUGGGCUGGCCUUGAGCCUCAGUCCACACUACCCCACCCCCAGCAUCUGUCAGCUCCGCAGAGCUCUGAGGUGCUCACUCCGCAGCCAAGGCAGGAGGGAGGAGGACACGGAGCUCUUGGCCUCUGCCGCUGCCCUGCUGCUCAAAUGUGGGGAGGGUUUGGGCUGGGGGGAUGGCUCCCCACAAUGCUGCUGUACAUAGCGCAUGGAGCAGAAGCUCUCGGGCCUCUCCAUGUUUGCACUGCCGUGCCAGGGUUUUCAUGUGUUUUAAAUGAGAUUAUAUACAUAUAUAUAUAUAUAUAUAUAUUUUUAGACACACAUAUAGAACAUGAGAAACUACCCAAAAUUAUCCUUCUCCAAACCCAUUUUUACCUUUGUUUUUAGCCUGUGUAUGUACUUACACAAACAUGUGUGUGCGUGCAUGUGUGUGUGUGUGUGUGCGUGUGUGUGUGUGCGUGUGUGUGUGUGUGUGUGUGUGUGUGUGUGUGUGUGUGUGUGUUCAGGACAGGUGAGACACCAUGAAGAUCCUAGCCCUUCCUGGUGGGAAGAAUGUUGACCACAGUGGUUUCCACGGUGACCCCAGUCCCAGGAGAGGGCACUUUCCCCUGGGACCCUGGGCCACCUCCCCCCACUUUUUACCCAUCUUGUUUUAUUUGUAUAAGAAUUUUCUCUGUACAUUGAAACAUUUUAAAAACCUAUUUGUAAGUUCUUCCACGACUCCAAUAAAAUGCAUCAAACCUUUUG